CGUGGACAACGCAUGGACACGUUUCCACACACAGUGAGGUAGAGACCUCUCUAGACGAAGGAAUAAAAAAAAAAGAAAAAAGCAAAACGCACAAAUGGCGUUGCGUCACUUACAAUUUUUCCCUUGCACAAAUUUCACUCCCAAACCCAAACUCAAACUCAUCAAUAUUUCCUUCACUCCAUCACUCUCCUUCUCUUCAACCACCCCUAUGGCCCCUGCUCCAAAGGUUUUGGUUCCAAUCGCCGACGGCACAGAGCCUAUGGAGGCCGUUAUCACCGUCGAUGUCCUCCGACGCUCUGGCGCCGACGUCACUGUCGCUUCUGCCUCUUCCAAUCUCUCCGUUGAAGCUCUCCACGGCGUCAAGAUCCUCGCCGACGCUUCCGUUUCAGACGUCGCCGACUCCGCCUUCGACCUCGUUGCUCUCCCUGGAGGGGUUCCGGGUGUUGAGAAUCUGAGAGACUGUAAAGUUUUGGAAGGGUUGGUGAAGAAGCAUGUUGAGGAUGGACGGCUUUAUGCUGCGGUGUGUGCUGCUCCUGCGGUUGUGCUUGGGCCUUGGGGUUUGCUGAAUGGGUUGAAGGCAACUUGUUAUCCUUCAUUUAUGGAGAAAUUGGCCAGUUAUGCUGCCUCUACCGUUGAGUCAAGGGUGCAGAUGGAUGGCAGAGUUGUAACCAGUCGUGCGCCAGGAACUACUAUGGAGUUUGCCGUUGCACUGGUUGAGCAGUUAUGUGGAAAAGAGAAAGCUGAUGAAGUUGCAGGUCCACUGGUCAUGCGUUCCAAUCAUGGUGAUGAACCCACUUUUACGGAGCUAAACCCAGUGCAGUGGACAUUUGACGAUCUACCCAAGGUUCUUGUACCAAUUGCUAAUGGCACAGAGGAAAUGGAAGCUGUGAUUAUCAUUGAUAUUCUGCGAAGAGCAAAGGCAAAGGUUGUUGUUGCCGCUGUUGAGGAUAAACUAGAGAUUGUGGCAUCACGUAAAGUUAAACUGGCCGCAGACAUCCUUCUGGAUGAAGCAGCAAAACUUUCAUAUGAUCUUAUUGUGUUGCCAGGUGGACUGGGUGGUGCCCAAGCUUUUGCAAACUCCGAAACCUUAGUGAGUCUGCUGAAAAAGCAGAGAGAGUCAAAAAGAUAUUAUGGUGCAAUUUGCGCCUCCCCUGCUUUAGUCUUGGAGCCCCAUGGUUUGCUAAAGGGUAAAAAGGCCACUGCCUUUCCAGCAAUGAGCAACAAGUUAUCGGAUCAGAGUGAAGUAGAGAACAGGGUGGUAGUUGAUGGCAACCUUAUUACCAGCAGAGGUCCAGGAACCUCUAUCGAGUUUGCAUUAGCUAUUGUGGAGAAGCUGUUUGGACGCAAGUUAGCCCUAGAACUUGCAAAGACAAUAGUGUUCACACGCCCGUAGGAUAUUUAAAUGCGAAGCUUUUUGUGCUAACGUAUUAGAGGUUUGUGCAUGAAUAAUCGAGAAUAUCUGAACCGUGAGUGAGUUGUAAAGAAUACGAAGAUAAGUGGUUGUCGAUAACCUUGAUAUCUCAUUGGUGGUUGCUUCUCAAAGGCCGUGAAGAAUCUAGAAUACUUGAAUGGAAGGAGAGUACCUCUGGAAUUAUGCUGUGAUUUAAUGAUAUAACAAAAUAUGGUGUUCGUUUUA